AUGUCGAAAUACAACGAAGAAGACGAGGUCGAUUACAGCGACAGCUCGCUGGUCGAGGAAAGCAGUGCCACCUCCGACACCGCGCAGGGCGCAGAGGAUGAGGUCGCUCAGGAGCAUAUACCGGACGAGCAGCAUCAGCCAUACAUGUCAGAAGAGGAUGGCGCAACAGGAUCGUCCUUCUCAGAUUCGUCCGAGGACGAGGAUGAGGUCGAGGACGGCGAGGACGACGACGAACAAGAUGCCGAAAAAGAACAGGAGGGCGAGGAGACUGGCGAAGAAGACUAUGCGAAGCACGCCAAUUUCUUCAACGAGUUCGACAGUCAGUCCAAUCUGGCAUGGAACCAGGAUCAGCAACUGGAUCAGCACGACCACCAAGCUCCAGCGCAGCAAGAGAGGAGACCAUUAUACGGCAUCUACGAAGACCCAGAAGAGCCCCGUUUCAGUCCCGAAACUUGGGAACGUCUUCAAGAAGAAGCUCACCGUGGAUUCCAUUACCAUGACCGGCCAGUAGCGAGAUAUCAAGGCUUGCCAGACGCCGACAAUCCCAAUGGCGUCGGAGAAGUUGCAACGCGUUGGUGGACAGGCAGACGACCCCCGAUGUACCCAGCACCACAACUGCCUCGAGUUUUAAUGAAGAAGAUGGGCGAUAAACUUCCUGUAUUCCCUCACCUUCCAAUGUGCCCGAGCCUGAUUGGUGCAAGUCCGCAAGCCGACUCGGAGAAGAAGCAGAAGCUUGUGCACGUGGCAAGAACACGGUCCCAAGGUUUCGAAGUGCGACCGCUCAACGUGACGCAUGCUCCGGAGAGUCCUCUCCAGCCGCAUGACGAUGGCCAUGAGGACGAUCAUGGUCCUGGCAACGACGACGGCUCUGGUGAUGAUGGGAUCGAGGAGGAUGAGACGUCAUCGCAUCUCCCUCUCGAAAGGCCCUCCAACGUCCCCGGGAUCCGGGAGGACGACCCUGCAACACCGGGAUCUCCUAUUACAGAUGAAUCGGAUGGCUGUGGACAAUCUGCUGGCUCCGAAAGCAGGCGUCCCUCAAUUCCAUGGGAGAAACUCAAGGCUGCCGGGAAGAAGAUUGAUUGGGCGGACGAAGAUGAUGAAGAGGACUGGAUAGGAACCUUGAGCGUACCCACUUUUCCUCGAGAGUCCGGUGAAGAUCUCGUUGGCGAAUCUAAAGCAAGCAACGAGGAUAUGUUCGACGAUGAAGACUCUCAGCUUACCGCGGCUUCCACUCCUGCCACCACACCAGCUCUGGAAACCUGCCGGGAAUGCGUCUUGUACCAGCCACCUAUUGCGACGCCCACUGACGAAGAAUCCGAGCCUAUGAGCGAGAACUCCAAAUCCCAGGAAGAGACUGUCAUGCCACUAGACAACCCGUACUCCACUGACGAAGAACUUUGUCCUGACGAUGAGAACUCCGACCUGCCCGAAGAGUUUCCCGCGAAGGUGUUGAUUCCUGAUCGUUCACAAGAGCCCGUACAUGGCUCUAAAACCAAAGGCACUCUCGAGAGUCUCAGACGGAAUAAGCAACCUCACAGCGACGUAGACAGGCCGCAGCAACAGCUUAAAAAGUCCCGACUCGGUCUCCUUCCAGAACUUGAGGACAAAAUAAGAAAUCUCAAACGUAAAUUCCAAGCGCUGGAGGGUCGCUUUCAAGCUGGCGAGGCGGAAUUCAACGAAACGAGAAAGGAGUGCGACUGGUUUCGAGAACUGUGCCAACGGCUUGACGCAGAGAGACGGGAUCUUGGUCAGCAGCUGGGCGACGACAGGAAGUACUUCGAGGAGACAAACGUCAAGACUGCUGCUCUGAUCAAAGGUCUUUAUGAACAACUCGAUGAUAUGAAGACGAAGCUCAAGAAGGCAGAGGAGACUUCCAAGCGUAUGACGAAAUGGGCAGAAGAUCUCGAACCUCUUGCAGACGCUGAACGUACUCGAAAGGAGAAGGGAAGGUAUGUGUUAUCGUCGAGUCCUUCGGUUGAGUUCAACAAUGCUAACCACGUCAACAGCACCGAUGCAGCAACGCAAUUCGAACCCAAGGACACCGAGGCGCAUACCGCAAAGUGUGGUCCGGUCAAGUGCCCCAACUGCCAAGCUCUCAUGGACCAGAACGCAACCCUCAAGGACGAACGCGACAGCAUUGCCGUUCAGAACGAACGUCUUCGGGGGGAGAUGAGCAGCCUCCAGGCCAGCCUUCAGGUAAAGAGCAAGGUGAGAGAGCAGGCGAGGCGUCUGGACAACAAGACGCCCGUUUUGCACAACGUCUCCCACGAGUUCCCCUCCUCCGACUCGCUCAGACCCUCUCCGGUGAUGUCAGCGACGCCAGACCUUCCUUCUGAUACUCCCUCGUCCGAGAGCAAGCCCGCCUGGCAAGUCCGCAUGGAGUCAUGGCGCAAGACUCCCGAGUUCCGCGCGAAGUGUGAGGCAUUGGAGUCGCAGGCCAAAGCUCAAAAGCUCGCACGAGAGCGGGAGCGGGCGCAAGAGCUCAAGGAUCGCGAGCUGAGGCUGAAUGUGUACAAGCUCAUCACAGGUGAGACGUAUGAGUACAUGCCACCCGCCGAGAGGAGUCAGAUGCUGUUGGAGAUGCAGUCAUGCCUUCGAGGGGAGAAACGAGCAAACGCAAGCAGCGUGCGCGUGUGA